AUGGAUGUUUCGAGCUGGGAUUUGGAGAAAGCACAAGAAAGUGUAAAAAGUUUGACAUGUUUCCAAAAUGAGCUUCGUACAACUGCUGAAAACUAUAAUAAUUAUAAAUUUAGAAAAUGUAAUACGAGAAAUAUCGUAUUGAUCGGACGAACGAAAGCGGGAAAGUCCACAAUAGCUGAAGUUCUUCGAAAUCCAAGCUACUGUCCGUAUAAAGAUGAUUCAUACAAAGAUGAGUUAUACUCAACAACAAAAGAACUUAAAAUAAUUCCCAUUGCAUCUGCUCUUCCUUAUAGUAAAGAGCAACAAACCAACGAAACGGUAACAACAGAAACAAAAUCGGAAGGAAAAGAAAUUAUGAAUUUUAAUAUUAUUGAUACUCCAGGAUUUUAUGAUUUAGUUUCUGCUAAUGAUAUGAGAAUUCAAAUAUCAAAUGAAAAAAUCAUACAAUACAUUAAUGAGUGUAUGCUAAAAGAUAUAACGCAUAUACAUUUAUUUGCAUUUGUCUUCACUCCAGCAAGUACUAGUGGCGGUAUCAAUCAACAUGAUAUAGAUUCAAUGAAACUUGUCAAAGAAACAUUUCCCGAAUUGAGUAAGAGCAUGGCAUUAAUCAUCACACAUUGUGAACAAAUCCCUGAAACAAACAGAGAACAGUUAGUGGAAGAUUUUUUCAAUUACAAAGAACUUCCAGUUGGUUUAUACGAUUUUUUCGGACUGAAACAUCAAUUCAUGGGCUGUAUUAGACCAGAAACAGUUCGUGAACGUAAUCAACAAGCAGCACAAAUUGAAUUAAAGAAUGUUUUAAAAAUGAGGGAAGAGUUCAUCAAAUUUAUCAUCGAUCUUGAAGGAUAUUGUAAUAUUCAUGAUCUUUUACCUGACACCGUCAUUAUACCUAGGCCAUGUGUGAAUCAUAGAACAUUAUCUAGUGCUGACAAUACAUCGCCAGCAAACAGUGUCAAUGUCCUUGAAUCCAGAACAGAAAAAGAAUUUAAUACGGCAAGAGACUAUUUUAAACAAACAUUAGAAUUAACAAAACAUUCAACAUCAUCACCUGGAUCCAACACAACAACUGAAACAAAUGAUAUUAAAUCAAAGCAAGUAAUCGCAGACAAUUCAACUUUAUUCACCAAUAUGUGUAGUGUGAAGCAUUAUAGUCGCCAACAGGUGAAACAAGAAUUGCAACUUACUCCUGGCUCCGAUAAUACCUCUGGAGAAAGUGAUGAUGAAUGUUUCUUUCUGAUGCCAACAGCCGCAUUUGAUCAACCGGAUAUGCUACCCGAAAUGAAUUUAAAAGCUUAUUUCCCCGAUGGAAAUGAUAAUGUCCAAGACAUUUGA